AUGGAGUACACGCUUGGGAUUGGUUGGGACUUUUGGGGGGGUCUUGACCCCCAUCACCAUCGCGCUUGCCUCCUCUUCCUCCGCCAGCCUGCAGCCCCCCCACCCCCAGAUAUGGAUCUCCUGCCGAAAAGCAAAUACACCCACUUGCAGGAUGAAUCUCCGCCUUCGCUGGACGACGGGACCCCCGUGGCCGACGGGGUCCCCUCUCCCGAUCCUACCCCGUUGCUGACCGGCUCUCUGUCCUCCUCGUCCCUCAGCCCCAUGCUGCCUUCGGGGGACCCCGAAUCGGAGGCCAGCCCCACCACGCUCUGCUCCUUCUUCCCCAAAAUGGCUAACCUGAAACUCUCCAACCCGGCUUCCUUGCUGACCCUCCGGGCCUUUUCCCGAGAGACGGGGGUCUCCGAAGACCCUCCGGGGGGUGCCGCCUCCGCCUCGCCGGACUCAACGGGCGUUGUCGGUCUCUGUCCCCAGGAUAUGAACAAGCUGAGUUGCGGGAAGAAGAUGCGAGUGGAAGGCGGCCAGCUGGGCGGCGAGGAGUGGACGCGGCACGGGAGUUUCGUGAACAAGCCCAGCCGGGGUUGGCUGCACCGGGACGACAAGGUGAUGGGUUCCGGAGUCUCCUACCUGGUCCGGUACAUGGGUUGCGUGGAAGUGCUGCAGUCCAUGCGGGCCCUCGACUUCGGCACCAGGACCCAGCCCUGCGGCCGGGCGCUCAACUCCAUCCUGGGCAAGACCAACCUGAAGUUCGCCGCCAUGCCCAUCACCCUGACCAUCUCCACCAGCAGCCUCAACCUCAUGGCGUCCGACUGCAAGCAGAUCAUCGCCAACCACCAUAUGCAGUCCAUUUCGUUCGCUUCCGGAGGGGAUCCGGAUACGGCGGAAUACGUCGCUUACGUUGCCAAAGACCCUGUCAAUCACAGAGGUAGGUGGUCCCCUCAUCUUGACCUGGAUCUUCCAAUCCUGGCUUAA